GGACAGGCCUCUGAUAGAGGCUGGGUUUUUCUCUUCCUUUUUUCUUCUUUCUACUUAUCCACACACAGCCAUCAGCCUACAAAGACAUGGCCACCCAUGCUAGCCCCUUGCACCCAUACUGGCCUCGGCACCUGAGACUGGACAACUUUGUGCCUAAUGACUACCCUGCCUGGCAUAUAAUAGCUGGCCUCUUCUCCGUCACUGGGGUCGUACUUGGGAUCACAUGGCUGUUGUCAGGACCUGCUGCCAUCGUCCCCCUGGGAACCUGGCGACGACUGUCACUGUGUUGGUUUGCAAUGUGUGGGUUCAUUCACUUGGUGAUUGAGGGCUGGUUCAGCCUCUACAGCAAGGAACUUCUUGGAGACCAAGCCUUCUUGUCCCAACUCUGUGAGUCCUGAGUUCUUUCAUAUGCUAGGUAUGCAGUGAAUGACAACUUCAUGAUAUGCAUGGAGACUGUCACGGCUUUCCUGUGGGGACCACUCAGCAUUUGGGUGGUGGUUGCCUUUCUCCGCCAGCAUCCUGUCCGCUUUGUCCUACAGCUCGUGGUCUCUGUGGGUCAGAUGUACGGGGAUGUGCUCUACUUCCUGACAGAGUACCGUGAUGGAUUCAAGCACGGGGAGCUGGGCCACCCGCUCUACUUCUGGUUUUACUUUGUCUUCCUGAAUGCCCUGUGGAUGGUGGUGCCUGGAAUCCUUGUGCUCGAUUCUGUGAAGCAGAUCACCCACGCCCAGAGCCUGCUGGAUGCCAAAGUCACAAAAAUCAAGAGCAAGCAGAAAUAAUGAGUGAUGGACUGGGCUUUAACAUGGACUGAUGACGAACUCUCCAUCUGCCAGAAGAGUCUGUUCCUUGUUCCCACAGGUUGAAAGGACAAAGUGAAUUGAUCUGUCAAACAGGCUGAUGGGUGGGCACCAAAAGGGCCAGCAAUGGGGAAGAAAGGAGCUGUGUGGAGCUAUUGCAAGGAGCUGUUGGGACAAAAGUCCAAGAGAACCUACAGGGUCCGCAGUGUUGGUAAUUUUUAAAACAAGGAAAUAAAAGGUCUUGACCCUAA